AUGCUGAUCAUCGGGCUCACCGGCUCAAUAGCCACAGGCAAAUCCACCGUAUCAACCAUCCUCUCUACACCCCCAUACUCCCUCCCCAUCAUCGACGCCGACCUUCUCGCCCGCAAGGUCGUCGAGCCCGGCACCGCAGGUUACAAAGCCAUCGUCAACUACUUCGGCCCCAGCACCCCAGAUCUCCUUCUGGAAGAUGCUUCCAGCGCAAGUGGAAAACCACUGAACCGCCCUGCGCUCGGCCGCCGCGUCUUCGGCAGCACAGAAGAGCGCAAACGCGACCGCCAAGUCCUGAACGGCAUCGUCCACCCCGCUGUCCGCUGGGAAGUCUACAAAGCCCUUAUCUACCACUACCUACGUGGCCAAUGGGCCGUUGUGCUUGACGUCCCGCUGCUCUUCGAAAGUGGCAUGGAUCUGAUCUGCGGCACGGUAAUUGUAGUCGGUGUUCAUGAUCCGGAGAUUCAGAUGGCUAGACUUCGCGCUCGCGACGCUCAUCUCACUGCUGAGGAUGCGGAGAACCGCGUGCGCAGUCAGGGUGAUGUGCGCACGAAGGCGACGCAGGCUGAGUUCCGUGGUACGACGACGGCGAGGGGUGUGGUCGUUUGGAAUGAUGCCGAUAAGGCGGAGUUAGAGGUCGCGGUUAAGACGGCUAUGACUAGUAUUGCGGCUUCGAGUCCUAGGUGGUGGGCUUGGACCUUGUUGGUUGCGCCGCCUGUUGGAUUCGGAGUUGCUGCUUGGAAUUUGGUGGUUAAUUUUGCGACGAAGAAGGGCUGGGAGAGAAAGAAGCAGGAAGAGAAGGCCAAGCUUUAA